AUGGAGAUUAUGAAUUUAAAGGACGUUGAUAAAACAUCAACAAUUGAGAGAAUUAUGAAAACAGCUGAAACUGAGAAAUUGGUAAUAAUUAAAACAUCUGAAGCUGAGAAAUUAGAGAUAGUCAAAAUAAAAGAAGCCGAAAAUCAAAAUGCUCAGUGGGAGAUUAAAAAGUGCAAGCAAUCUAAAUUGCGUACAGAAAACAUGUGCAGUGUUAGAGGUGCGCUUGAAUUCAUUCGCUCGAAGAUUUGGUCAAAUGGUAAUCCUUCAAUUUUUGAAGAACCAUUUGACAAAACACUAUUACGACUUUCUGAAGAUAAAAAAUUCAUGAAUUUCUUACAAAAAACAUGUGAUGAAAACCACCUUCGAUUUAAUGAUGUAAAAAGAUGCAUUGACGGGUUGUAUCAUACUGCGUCCAAGAAUUUUCAUGGGCAUCAAGAAAUUACGAUAAAUGCACAAUCUUGGUCCGAUAAUGAAAUUUUAUCGUUAGGUGCAAUUUUUGAAUAUUUUCAAAUUCAAUGGAAAUAUUAUAAUGCAGAGGGUAUAUUGGAUAAUUACCCAUAUAAAAUAUCACUUUCAUAA